GUUUAUAAUUGGAGAGUUGUCUGAUUCGGAAAGUGAUAUUUUUGAGCAGGCAAAAGAAUGGGAUUUCCAUGGAACAGAAGAAGAGCAGAAAGCAUUCAACCACGGAACAGAACUCAUUCCCUGGUAUGUGUUGUCUAUUAGAGCUGAUGUCCAUCAGUUCAUACUCCAAGGAGCCACCGUCAUCCACUAUGAUCAGGAUAUGCAUCUGUCAGCACGCUGUUUUCUUCGGCUUCAACCUGAUAAUAGUACUUUGACCUGGAUAAAACCCACAACUGCCUCACUAGCCAAUACUAAAGCCAAAUCAGGCAUUACAGGAAACAUAGCUGAGCCUGGCAAACUUCAGUCACUUGGCAAUACUGGAUUAAAUGGUUUGGUGGAAGGUCUCUUGGAUUUGUUUUCAGCCAAGGCUGUGUACAUGGGACAUCCUGGCAUCGAUAUGCACACUGUGUGUGUUCAGAACAAACUCAGUAACAUGUCCCUCUUAGAGAAUAGUGUGACACUGCUUUAUGGGCUUCAGACUACUGAUAAUAGAUUAUUGCACUUUGUGGCACCAAAGCACACUGCUAAAAUGUUAUAUGAUGGAUUAUCAGAAUUAACAAAUGCUGUAAGAAAAAUGAGGAAAUUUCCCGACCAGCGACAACAGUGGCUAAGGAAGCAAUAUGUCAGUCUCUAUCAGGAGGAUGGAAGAUUUGAAGGUCCAACUUUGGCUCAUGCUGUUGAACUGUUUGGUGGCAGACGCUGGACAACACGAAAUACAAGCCCAGUAACACUGUCUAAAAGUGUGGAGAAACCUAUUGUCCAAAGGAACAACACCCUUGGGAUAAGUUCAAAUAAGAAAAAGAAAAAAAUCCUUAUGAGGGGUGAAAGUGGAGAGGCUACUGAUGAUGAGAUGGCCACACGAAAGGCAAAAGUGUAUAAGGAGUGUCGUGGCCGCAGUGGCUCAGAUCCUCAAGACCUUAAUGAGCAAGAAGAAUCAGAUCAGAAUGUUUUCAUUAGUCCUUCUAAUAAUCUGCCCUCCAGAAGAGCCCACUCUUUGACUACAGCUGGAUCUCCUAACUUAGCUGUUGGAGCACCUUCACCAGUCAGACCACUCUCCUCACCCGUAUUGUCACCUUCAAGCAAAAGUCAGCCUAAUGCGUGGAGCAGCAGUAGUUGGCAUGGUCGAGUUAAAGGUGGAUUGAAGGGAUUUCAGAAUUUCAUGGUUUCAGAUAGCAACAUGAGUUUUGUUGAAUUUGUAGAGCUGUUCAAGUCGUUCAGUGUACGAAGUCGAAAGGAUCUCAAGGAUCUGUUUGAUGUCUACGCUGUGCCCUGCAGUCGAUUGGGCUCUGAGUCUGUCCCGCUCUAUACAAACCUGAGAAUUGAUGAAAAUACUAGUGGUCUUCAGCCUGAUUUAGAUUUGUUAACCAGGAACGUGUCUGAUUUGGGCCUGUUUAUUAAGAAUAGGCAACAAUUAUCAGACAACCAGAGGCAGAUAUCUGAUGCCAUCGCUGCUGCUAGUAUUGUGACUAAUGGUUCUGGAAUAGAAAGCACCACACUCGGCGUUUGUGGGGUUGGCAUACUGCAGCUCAAUGACUUUUUAGUGAAUUGCCAAGGAGAACACUACACUUAUGAUGAAAUACUCAGCAUUAUUCAGAAAUUCGAGCCUAGUGUGAGUAUGUGUCAACAGGGUCUAAUGUCGUUUGAAGGAUUUUCCAGGUUUCUGAUGGAUAAAGAUAAUUUUGCUUCACAAAAUGAUGAAUCACUAGAGAAUGUUAAAGAAUUGCAGUUACCACUCUCCUAUUAUUACAUUGAAUCUUCGCACAACACAUAUCUCACAGGACAUCAGCUUAAAGGAGAGUCCUCAGUGGAGCUAUAUAGCCAGGUCCUCUUGCAGGGCUGUCGAAGCGUGGAAUUAGACUGUUGGGAUGGCGAUGAUGGGAUGCCGAUUAUUUACCACGGACAUACGCUCACUACCAAGAUUCCCUUCAAGGAAGUAGUUGAAGCCAUUGAUCGCAGCGCCUUCAUCAACUCUGACCUGCCUAUCAUAAUAUCUAUAGAAAAUCACUGUUCAUUGCCUCAGCAACGAAAAAUGGCAGAAAUUUUCAAGAAUGUAUUUGGAGAAAAACUAGUUGCCAAGUUUUUGUUUGAGAGUGAUUUCUCCGAUGAGCCGAUGCUUCCUUCACCCGACCAACUUAGGAGAAAAGUGCUUCUUAAAAACAAAAAGCUGAAAGCUCAUCAGACUCCAGUGGAUAUAUUAAAGCAAAAGGCUCAUCAGUUGGCAUCGAUGCAAACACAGACCAGUAAUGGUGGUAAUGUCAAUCCUACUCCUGCUAAUAAUGAGGAAGAGGAAGAUGAGGAGGAUGAAUAUGAUUAUGACUAUGAAUCUCUUUCUGAUGACAACAUCCUGGAAGAUCGACCUGAAAGUAAGUCAGCAAGUGACAAACUACAGUUUGAGUACAAUGAAGAAAUUCCCAAGAGGAUAAAGAAAACGGACAACUCUAUUUGCAACAAGGGAAAGGUUUAUGACAUGGAACUGGGUGAAGAAUUUUAUCUUCCACAGAAUAAAAAAGAGAGUAGACAGAUAGCCCCAGAGCUUUCUGACCUUGUUAUCUACUGCCAAGCUGUGAAAUUUCCAGGAUUGUCGACUUUAAACCCAUCUGGCUCUAGCAGAGGAAAAGAAAGGAAAAGCAGGAAGUCCAUUUUUGGCAACAAUCCGGGCAGAUUAAGCCCUGGGGAGACAGCAGCAUAUACCAAAACAUCUGGAAAAAGUUCCUUUGAUGUUAUGCGGCAGACCUGGGAAGAGGUCUGUUCUCUCAGCACAGCCCCGUCACUCAGCGCUAUCAUUAGGACGCCAAAAUGCUACCACAUUUCAUCCCUGAAUGAGAAUGCUGCCAAGCGACUGUGCCGCCGGUAUUCCCAGAAGCUGAUUCAGCACACCGCCUGCCAGCUGCUGAGAACAUACCCUGCUGCCACACGCAUUGACUCUUCCAACCCCAACCCCCUCUUGUUCUGGCUGCAUGGGAUACAGCUGGUCGCGCUCAACUACCAAACAGACGAUCUCCCCUUACACUUAAAUGCAGCAAUGUUUGAAGCGAAUGGUGGCUGUGGUUAUGUUUUGAAGCCUCCUGCCCUGUGGGACAAGAACUGUGCUAUGUAUCAGCAGUUUUCUCCGUUGGAAAGAGAUAUGGAAAACAUGGAGCCUGCUCUCUAUUCUUUAACUAUUGUCUCUGGUCAGAAUGUGUGUCCUAGUAACAGCACAGGAAGUCCAUGUAUUGAAAUUGAUGUCCUGGGAAUGCCACUGGAUAGCUGCCAUUUCCGCACUAAACCCAUUCAUCGAAAUACUCUUAACCCCAUGUGGAACGAACAAUUUCUGUUCCGAGUUCAUUUUGAAGAUCUUGUAUUUCUUCGUUUUGCGGUUGUUGAAAACAACAGUUCAGCUGUAACUGCCCAAAGAAUCAUUCCACUAAAGGCUUUAAAAAGAGGAUAUCGGCAUCUUCAGCUGAGAAAUCUACAUAAUGAAGUCUUAGAAAUCUCUAGCUUGUUCAUAAACAGCAGGAGGAUGGAAGAAAAUUCCAGUGGCAGUGCUGUGGCAGCAUCUUUGAUGUUCAGCACAGAAGAAAGAAAAGGUCUGGUGACAUACAAGGUCACAGUACAUGGGAUUCCAGGUCCAGAGCCUUUUACCACUUUCAUUAUAAAUAAAGAGACUAAAGCAAAGCAGCUUCUUCACCAAAUUUUGACUUCUUCACAAGGUUCCAUACCAAUCACCACAGACUGCUUUUUGAUUGAAGAAAAAUAUUUUAUAUCUAAAGAAAAAAAUGACUUCAGGAAACAGCCAUUCCAGAGAAUAAUCAGCCCAGAAGAAGAGAUUGUGCAGAUUUUGAACAGCUGGUUCCCAGAGGAAGGUUAUGUUGGAAGGAUUAUUUUUAAAGUCCAGGAGGAACAGCCAGAGGAGAAGAGCGUCUUCCAGGAAGAGAGGGAGGUGACCUUGAGCUCGGAAGAUGAAAGCUUCUUUGUACAAGUCCAUGACGUCUCCCCGGAGCAGCCCCGCACAGUCAUCAAAGCUCCCCGGCUCAGCACUGCCCAGGAGGUCAUCCAGCAGACUUUGUGCAAAGCAAAAUAUUCUUAUAGUAUUUUGAGCAAUCCCAACCCGAGUGAUUAUGUGCUUCUGGAGGAGGUGCUAAAGGAACCUGCUAACAAGAAAUCUUCUACACCCAAGUCUUCUCAGAGGGUUCUCGGAGACCAGGAGUGUGUGUUCCAGGCUCAAAGCAAGUGGAAGGGAGCAGGAAAAUUUAUUCUUAAGCUGAAAGAGCAGGUUCAGGCAGCUCGUGAUGAUAAAAGAAAAGGCAUUUCCUUUGCUAAUGAACUUAAGAAAUUUACGAAGUCUAGUAAGCAGUACCGAGGAUUCACGUCAUCCUCUCAGCUUUCAGUAGCAGAAAGUGUCCAGGUGAAAGAAGAAAAACUUGUGAGCAGCUUCUCUUCUAAUGAUGCGAUGGACCAUCACCCAUGAGCACCUUCAGUUUGUCCCAUCCAGGCGCAGUGCCCUUCCUACGUGGAUAAAACGAAAUCAAGAAGCAGACAGCUGGCAGUACAUGGGCAGUUUCGGAAUGGAGACUUUCUCCUAGAGACAGCAUUGGCUUCUUGCUGCCUGGUCCCCCUCCGUCUUCCUGAGGACGGCCUGUGCAGGUCAGCAGGACAUCUGGCCCUGUGCCACAGGUUACAAUCAUCAGAGAAAGGACCAUGCUCCUUACACUUUCCUUGACGCAGAGAAGUGGAUUUAGAGAAUAUCGAUGUCUGUCAUGUACAAUGUUUGACUAUGUGGCAUUGCUCGGCAUUGCAAAUGUGAACAUGGCUUUUAGAAUGAGAGACUUGUACAGAGUAGCCUUUGCGGGAGGCCAGAUUCAGAGGUUCAAGGCUGCUGCAGUGAGCCUGGCUUCCCUGCAGGUUGUACUCUCGGUCUUGGUCAAAGUUCCUUUUCUGUGUCGGAGGGAGUGACAAAUACAUUGAGUACAUUUCACUGAAUGUCUCACUGUUCCAUUCCCUUUCUUUCUAGUUUAUUCUCCCAAAAUCUUAGAUGGUGUAGAACACUAAUUAAUUUAACAUAUCUACUGACCUCUUGACAAAAGGAACUUAAUUUUUAGCAAAAUUAGUUUUUCAACUCUGUGUUUAAAGUAAAAUUAUUUAUUUUAUUGACCCAAUGUAUGUACUGACAUUGUAGUGAUAUAUUUAUUAUUCAUGGGCUUUUGUAUCUUCUUCAUAUUAGAAAAGUAUUAUUUAGGGUUUCUCUUAGAAAAUUUCCUAAUAAGAAAAACCAUAUUCUGAACAUUCGAAAUUUGCCAAAAUAACACAAAAAUUGUUUCAAUACCACUUCAGAAAACAUAGCAAACAUUUAUCCAUGACAUAGUUUAAAGUUAAAUAUAAAUUUUGAAACUUUUGCUAUAGAACAUCAGCAACCGAUACAUUUUUUUCUGAAUCCAAGAAGAGAAAAUCAAGGCAUAGCUUGACCUUCGUGCAUGCUGUCAAGCAGAAAUUUGUAUAAUUUUGCUUUUCCUAUUGACUCCAUUCUAAUUUAAAAGAAGUGUCCCUACAGGAAAAAAGGCAACAACGUAGACCAUUAAAAUGACGCUUCAGAAUCCCAAUCUUCUCAUCAGAGUGCUCUGCAUUUGUCAGCCCUCAAUAUAGUCUCCAGACACUUACCUCUCCUACAUAAUCCUUACAAGAGAUUAGGACAGCAGACUGUCAGUCCCCGUGUCCUCUGCACAUUCAUUCAAAGAGUAAGUUAUCAAAAUGUUUCAGUCACAGCUGAAUUCCCUCUUGUGGGUCAUCCACCCUGACUCCAUGAACUGUGAAGGCUGAAUCAGCCAAACUGGUUCUUGUCCACCUGGAGAAGACAACAGCACCUUCUGUUUACACAGUGCUCUUCUUAUAAUCCCAUCAGGAAGUGACAGAUCUGUUAUCUUCAUUUUUAGGCAGAGGACUCAGACAAGGGGUGAGUCUGCAGUCCCACCAGGCCCAGCUACUUCCCUCUUUAGCUGGGGGAGGGGGGAGGAUGAGUUUUUCCAGGUUUCUGUUUUAGAAGUAAAAUUAUUUAUUGACCCAAGGUACAUGGUGACACUGUAGUAAUAUUUAUUACAUAUGGCUUAAUUUUGGCUCCAUUUGGGGACAGAACCAACUAUAGCAGUUCAAUGGUACAAAAUAUAUACACGUUCACAUAUACUAGUCACAUCAGAUGCUAACUUUGUAACAUAAAAAGGGAUACUACCUAUUCCUUAAAAUACAUCCCUCAUCAGAGAACUCUUAUCAAACUUCAUUAAGUAGUAACUAAAGCUGUUAGUUCAAUUCCAGUCAUUGCUUAUUAGUAUUUGUAGGGGACUCAUUAUCUGAUAUGUGGUGUUCACUAUAUGCAGUACCCCUAUAGUUUCCUAAUAGUUUUGUGGAGUGGUGGUUUGGUUUUUUUGUUUGUUUUGGGGGUUGGGGGUCACAAAGGAAAUGUGUACAUCUAAGUUAAUCUAUCUAGAUUCUUAAACUGACUAAAUGUAAAAGCAAAAUUGUACCAAGUAUUUGAACAGUAAAGUCAACUGCUAUCCCUUUUCCAUUUAAUGAUGUUAUACUUAGAGUCUAUGUACUAGUUGAAGAAUAGGGCCUCUAAUGUUUGUUGUAAGUUACUUAAAAAUGUCACAUUGUAAAUCAAGAUGUUUUUUCUUCCUAUGGAUGAUGCCAGAACUUGAGUGGGUCUGUGUUUUCAUCCUAAUAGGAAUUUGGGUCACAGGCCUAUGUGAGGUGUGAGCAAAUAAGAAGAAAGUGAACAUAAAGACAAGUGGACUCUUAAGAAAAUCACCACAAAGCCAUAACCACGUGCAAAACAAUGAAGGCCAAAUCUGAGUAAGGCCUUAGUUUCAAGGAUCAUGUACAAGUCCAUAAAGAAAAAUGUUUGUGUAUGCGUCCUCUCUUGAGGCUAGUUUUGCUUUUCAAAUGACAAAUGGUCAGGAAGCACAGGAGAGCCUUUUAUGGAAUCAAAGCCUCUCUGGAAACUCCUCAUUAAAUCCUAGGCCACAAGUAGUACAUCUGUAGCACUGGGGACACUGCCUGACUCCUCCUAUUUUCCACGAUUUGUGCUUAAAAGAAAGUUUUCCCCAAAUGAUUUAAUCACACUUUUAAAAAAAAGCUAAAUAUUUAACAAAAUUCUUAAACUUCUUGUGCUAAUUUAAUCAAAAGGAAGUCACUGACAGUCAUUUGCCAGGAACUUUCCUUGAUGCUUGUGGCUGACUAGCACCACCCCCUUCCCCUUCCAGUUUUUCAUCUUCAACAAUGAAAUGGUCUGUGAUGAACAAACACCUUGUGCCUACUGCCCACCCUCACCCCCCAAAAAAAGACUAGAGGGUAUUUUUUUCUUACAAAAAUCCAAAGUUUAAUGCAUUCAUCAAGUGUGUCACUGGUCCAAGAACAUUAACAACAUUAACACUACAAAUAAGCAUCAUAGGAUGAAGGAACUUUCCAUUUCCCCUCAAAUUACUCAUCAGAAAUGAAAAUGGUAUAUAGUAUUCCAUUUCAAUACUUCUCUUUUUAGUAUAUUACUAACAGUUCCAGGAUACCUUUAUUUCAAGAUAAUUCUUACAUGGUAGGGCAGUUCAAAUGCAAUGCCAGGUCAGCUUUUAAUUUCCAUGUUGGAAAACAGUGGGAUUUAUAUUAUCAGUCCUCCACUCUAGCCGAGAAUCUUCCUGAGCUGUUGACUGUGCCCAUCCUCCCAACUUAUCCAGAUCCUACACCCAUCCUUCAAGGCUCACCUCCUCUAUGAAGCCUCUCCCUACAAUAAUUUCUCACUCACCUGAAGUCAAUUCAACUUCACAGACCAUUAAGUAUCCUCUAUAUAUGUGAAAUGUACUGUGCUCAGAUACCCAAGGAUGCAGUCUCUGGCCUCAAAAGGGCUUACAUCCUACUAGAAUAUAAAUGUAUCACUAGGUCUUGUUCAUACUUCUCACUUAUACUUAAGAGCAAUGCUUUACAUCAUUAUCUGGUUCACAUCAAAGUGUUUUAACAAUAUUUUAGGCUUCCUAAGGGCCAGAUCUUACAAUUGUGUAUCUUUCCCUUUGUACGAGGCACUGGCCUAUGCUCAUAACAGGUGCUCGACCCUUACUGAACAGAACAAUUAAGGUGGUUUCAGAACACAGCCUCUCUACACUUAAAUAUGUUAAUAGUUAUCACCUAUUAUUUUGCUGUAAUCCUUAUUUUGACAACUCAUAGAGUAUUCAGAGUGAUACCAGUUAGACAACACUGUACUCCCGGUGUACAUCUCAAAACAUGUCACACACAAAGUGCAUCCACUAGGCUUUAGACAGUUGGGAAAUUUCCGUACAUUGAAUCUUCUAUUAAAUUUUAAAACUGAUUUUUCACCUUAUCUGUUUUCUGCCAAUUUGAAGUACAACUGUAUAUGUAUAUGUUUGAAAAAUAAAUGGUUUGUGAUGUC